UUGACAAUCUCCAUCUGCAAAUCUGAUAUUUUUCAUUGUCAAUACAAGUGCAACAAUGAAUCCCCCAACUGUCAAAUUUGUAUCAGAAUGCUUUAUCAAGCCCAUAUACAGUUCAGAAGAGUCAAAGAAACCUGUGUAUUUGGCACCAUGGGAUCUUAUGAUGCUGUCAGUGCAUUACAUCCAAAAGGGCCUCCUCUUUCCCAAGCCUCCAGGUUUUGAUGAAAAUUCACUCAAGGAUCUGCUGCAAAAGCUUAAAGAGACACUCUCUCUCACUCUUGUCCAUUUCUUCCCAUUGGCCGGUCGCUUUGCGACUUUGCAGCAAGACGAGCCUCCUCUUUACGCCGUCUAUAUCGACUGUGUCAAUAGUCCUGGGGCCAGAUUUAUUCAGGCAUCGCUCAAUUUGAGUGUCUCCGAUAUUCUGUCACCAACUGAUGUUCCCCUUGUUGUUCAAUCAUUCUUUGAUCAUGACAGGGCAAUCAAUCAUGAUGGUCACAACUUGUCUUUGUUAACGAUUCAAGUGACAGAACUGACUGAUGGCGUAUUCGUUGGAUGUUCAAUUAAUCAUGUGGUUGCUGAUGGAACCUCUUUCUGGCAUUUUUUCAAUGCGUGGUCUGAGGUUUUCAAAGCAAAAGUUGAGAACAAUUUAACCAUUUCUAGGCCACCUAUUCACAGCCAUUGGUUUCCUGAAGGGCAUGGUCCAAUUCUCAAUCUCCCUUUUACUCAUCACGAUCAAUUCACCAGUAGACACGAUGCACCUCUAUUGAGGGAAAGAAUUUUCCACAUUUCUUCCGAGUCACUGGCAAAACUCAAGGGAAAAGCCAAUUCUGAAUCCAACAGCACCAAGAUUUCGACCUUACAGGCAUUGUCUGCUCAUAUAUGGAGGUGUGUAACAAGGGCUCGGGGAUUUUUACCAGACGAGAACACCAGCUGCAGAAUGGCUAUCAAUAACAGAACGAGGUUGAAUCCGCCCUUACCUAAUGACUACUUUGGCAAUUGCAUACAGACAGUGAAAGCGACCACAACAGCUGGAGAAUUGCUAAGGAACAACCUAGGAUGGGCGGCUUGGCAGUUGCAUCAGACCGUGAUCGACCAUACCGACAAGAAGGUGCUUGAGUGGGUUGAUUCCUGGAUCCAAACUCACUUUAUAUAUCAGCUCGGGCAAUUCUUUGAUACUUCAAGCAUAAUGAUGGGGAGUUCACCAAGGUUUGAUAUGUACGGGAACGAAUUUGGACUGGGAAAAGCAUUGGCCAUUCGCAGUGGAUAUGCAAACAAAUUUGAUGGGAAAGUGACAUUAUAUCCAGGAAUUGAAGGUGCGACAAGCAUGGACUUGGAGAUCUGCCUUCAACCACAUUUCAUGAAAGCCCUUGAAUCUGACCAAGAGUUUAGGGAUACAGCAUGCUUCUAACUUCUCUGAUUCUGUAGCUCUGAAAGAAGUGGCUUUAGAUUGACGAAGAUCAGUUUUCUUUCCCUUAAAAUAAUUGGAUUUAAAAGUCAAAAAUAAUUAUUAAGUUUAAUAAGUCCAUAAAUUGUGAUGAAGUCCACAAACUAUUGGAUCAAUAUGUGCGUGAAUCAACAUUUUUGAUCACAUGUUCUUCAAUUCUUUUAUGAUUCUACCUACGUAAGAUAGUGAUUAUUGUUCUAUGAGUCAUUUAACAUUUGGCAUGAACGAUUAGGACAUACAAGUUAUAACACUUUGCGUAGACUAAUCAAAUUAGAUUUAUUACCAAA